AUGAUUCAGCAAUCAUUUUAUAAAUUAUUAGAAGAAGUAUCUCCAUAUCUGACCAAAAAUAGUCGUCGUCAAUCUAUCUCAGCAGAACAUCGGUUGCUAAUAACAUUGAGGUAUUUAGCUACAGGUGAUGAAGUAUCAUCUCAGGCAGUCGAAUAUCGUAUUGGAAGAUCAACACAUCAUUCAAUUAUUAAUGAAACGUGUGUUGUGUUGGCCCAAGUUUUAAUGCCAAAAUAUAUUAAAGCUCCAGAUAGUGAUCAAUGGAAAGCUAUUUCUGAUGGUUUUUAUCAAAAAUGGAACAUGCCUAAUUUGUGUGAUCAUGAAUAUAAAUUUACCUUUGUUGAUAUUGGUGCAUAUGGAAGUGAAAGUGAUGGUGGUAUUUUUGCAAGAUCUUCAUUUGGAAAAGUUUUAGAAGAGGAUAAAUUAAACCUGCCAAAAGAAAAAACAAAAUUACCAGGAUCUAAUAUGUUUACUCACCAUUUUUUUGUUGGAGAUGAAGCUUUCAAAAUUUCACGCCAUAUGAUGAGACCAUAUCCAGGUCAUGAACUCACUACAACUCAGAAAGUUUUUAAUUAUCGUUUGUCUCGAGCACGACGAACCAUUGAAAAUACUUUUGGAAUUUUAUCGAGUAAAUGGAGAGUACUAAAAAGAAGUAUUCAUAAGAGUUUAACAAAUACUGAUCACAUUGUUGCUGCAUGUGUUAGUCUUCAUAAUUUUCUUAUAUUUCAUGAACAAAGAAUGUACAAUGUGCAAAAUAGUUUUAUAGAUUUGGAUUCUGAUUGUGAAACAGAACCAAAUUAUAUUGCUGAAUUACAAUAA